AAUUUAUACCAAAGGGUCCCCAAUAUUUAAUAUACUCAUGAGAUCACUCUAUUGCUACUUGUAUAUUUAUAUGCUCCACACUUACCACCUUCUCUUCAACUUAUGUAGUGUUCUGUUUAUCAGUUUCUUCCCCUGCUUCAUUCUUCAUAAUGGCUUAUGUUCAUCUUAUAACACUUCUUUUCUUUGCAUUAGUUCUUGCUAGAAUUGAUCUAUCAGCAUGUCAAAUGGUUAAGGGAAAAGUCUCAUGUGUUGAUUGCACUCACAACAACAAUUUAUCUGAUAUUAAUGUCUCAUUGAAGUGUGAAGGUGUUAAAAAGCUAGCUAUGACAACAACAAAAGAUGAUGGCUCCUUUAAGGUUAACCUUCCUUCAGACCAUACAAAAACUUCUAUGAACUGCUUUGCAACACUUCUUGGUGGGCCAAUUCAACUCUAUGUAUCAAAACAAAACCAAGUUUCACAAAUUAUCAAAGGAAAAGAAAAAAAAGACUACACAAUUUCCACUCCUCUUAGUUUCAUGAUAUCAUGCCCCAAAAACACAAAUUGUAAGGCUUCAACAGCUUUUGGUUCAUCCAAAACAGUUGAUUUUCCUCUGCCUCCAGAAUGGGGUUUGGCACCUACUAGCUAUUAUAUACCUUUUUUCCCUAUCAUUGGAAUACCUUAAUCAUGUGUUCAGGUGACAUGUAAUCACUUGAAUAAUAAAAUUUAUAGGGAACAAUAGACUCUUAUAAAGUCUUGAUUUUUUUUUUUUUUUUUUUUUUUUUUUUUUUUUUUUUUUUUUUUUUUUUUUUCUAGUCUUGUUUGUAAUAUAUAAUUAUCAUAAUUAUAGAUAUAAUGAAUGAUGUAUCAUGUGUAGCUAUGGAGAAAUGCAACAUAUAUGUAAUGAUGUAUCAUGUGUGUUUUGAAAAACUGUUAAGUAUAUAUUUGUUCAUCUGC